GUCUCCAUCGCGCGCCCAGGUGCGCCGGCAGAGCCAUUCCCCGCCCUUGCGCGUCCAGAUCCGAGAUAUUUCCAGCGGAGUCUGGCCCCCGAGGGCGAGCGCACCCACCUGAGCCGGCCCUCGGCUAGCUCCCACCCACCCACCUACCUACCCACCCACCUACCUGCCUGUCUUUUUGCUGGCAAGCAGCCCAGGGGUGGCACCGCCCGCCAGCACCCUCCUCCUCCUACACCUGCGUCUCACCAGACGCGGAAAAGUACAUUUCCCCUCUCCUCCAUCACCGCCCAAAACGAUCCGUGGGAAUUGUAGUUUAACCAAGUGCUGCGAAUUGUAGUUUUACCCCGGCUACAGUUCCGAGCAGCCUGGCUAAAGCGCAGCUCCCGGGGUUCUCUCUUGGCAAAGUAAUCAAAACGUUUUGCGCGAUGUCGGAACAGGGAGGAAGAGGUUCAGUUUGAAGUCGAGCCAGAAAAUAACAAAGAGGUCUACUAGUCGGUACCAAUCAGGUAUAGAAAAAUCGGGAAUUGUGGGCAGGAAGGUGGGAAUAUCUAAAUUAAUGGUUCUUCUAAUCCGAGUUAAAAACAAAAGAGGAAUGUAAGUGGGUAAAAUUGAUGCAGCCAAACAGUUUAUAGCGAGUAAUUGGAAAAAUGCAGAGGAGCUAGGGGUGAACCAGCGGAGGAAAAAACUGAAUAAUAUUAUAUUUUUAGAAUAUCUAGCUGUGAAGAUCCACAGAAUGAAAGGGUUUAAGGUCAGUGAGAAAGAGGAGGAUCGAUUUGAGAAGAUAUUGGAAUUAUUUGGGUAGGUUUGAACAAUUUGGGGCAAUUAAAAUGUUAAAAGUUAAAUCUUGUGGAGGGAGGAGUGUUAACGUAUAUAAAAUUGUACAUAUGGUUAUUUGAAUAUGUUAUUUUUGAUUAUGUAUACCCAAUGUAUCGACGCGGGUGGCGCUGUGGGUUAAACCACAGAGCCUAGAACUUGCCGAUCAGAAGGUCAGUGGUUCGAAUCCCCGCAACGGGGUGAGCUCCCGUUACUCAGUCCCUGCUCCUGCCAACCUAGCAGUUCGAAAGCACAUCAAAGUGCAAGUAGAUAAAUAGGUACCACUCCGACAGGAAGGUAAACGGCGUUUCCGUGCACUGCUCUGGUUCGCCAGAAGUGGCUUAGUCAUGCUGGCCACAUGACCCGGAAGCUGUCUGCAGACAAACACCGGCUCCCUCGGCCAAUAAAGCGAGAUGAGCGCCGCAACCCCAGAGUCGGUCACAUCUGGACCUAAUGGUCAGGGGUCCCUUUACCUUUACCUUUACCUUUACCCAAUAUAUCAGCCGCCUGGGGGAGGUUUCAAUGUUUGUGUUUGGUUGUUGGUAAAAAAUAAAAAUUUUAAACAUUAAAAAAAAACAACUAGUCUGUGCCAAUCAAAGUCAAAUGUUGGGAUUUCGCCAGCCGUGAAUUUAUUUCUUAAUAUUCGUCAGAAACAGCCACCACAGUGAGUCUCCCAGUGAGUAGGGAUUGGAACCCGGGUCUCUCCCCCAGGUCCUAGUCCAACGCUCUAACCACUACACAGCACUGCCCACUUUUUGCAGCGUGUGCAUGCUUUAAAUAUACCUAGAAUGAGCUGGGGGUCUUUCCACCUCCCCCCCCCCGCCAGUCUCAAUGGGAGCACUGGCUGCAGUAGCAGGAUCCUACCUCCUUAUCAAGUCAUUUUUCUCUUCCAAUGAAGGUCGUGAGGAGAUCAUCCCCCCUCUUUUCUUUCUCUCUCCCUCUCUCUGUUCGUCCUGCUGGAAAGCGGGGGGAUGGCAUCCCUUUUCGGGGACCCCCCCAACCCCAAGCCAGCCCCUGCCAAGCCUCUCACAGACCUGGAUUUCCGUUCCGGGGCACGCAUCGAAGAGAUCAACCAGCUCAUCCAAGAAUACGAGGCCAGGGACCCAGGCGUCCGGGACGCCCCGGAACUGCACCGUGCAAAGGAUAAGGUUUUCUCCCUGCUGGGUGAGUGGCUGGACCCAGGAAAGGGGGGAAGGUGUUUGGGAGAGGGGGACAGAGGGAGAGGGUCAGCCUGGGAAGGGAGCCCGUGUAGGAAAAAUCUGAUCCUAAACUUCUACUGCCUUGUGUAAACCCUACACAAAUAAUAAUAAUAAUAAUAAUAAUAAUAAUAAUAAUAAUAAUAAUUUAUUAUUUAUACCCCGCCCAUCUGGCUGAGUUUCCCCAGCCACUCUGGGCGGCUCCCAAUCAAGUGUUAAAAACAGUACAGCAUUAAAUAUUAAAAACUUCCCUGAACAGGGCUGCCUUCAGAUGUCUUUUAAAGAGAGGAUAGCUGCUUAUUUCCUUCACAUCUGAAGGGAGGGCGUUUCACAGGGUGGGCGUCACAACUGAGAAGGCCCUCUGCCUAUUUCCCUGCAACCUCACUUCUCGCAAUGAGGGAACCGCCAGAAGGCCCUUGGCGCUGGACCUCAGUGUCCAGGCUGGACGAUGGGGGUGGAGACGCUCCUUCAGGUCUACUGGGCCUUUGGGGCCGUUUAGGGCUUUCAAGGUCAGCACCAACACUUUGAAUUGUGCUCAGAAACGUCCUGGGAGCCAAUGUAGUCUUUGAGGACCGGUAUUAUAUGGUAUUCCAGUCCCCAGUCUAGCUGCCGCAUUCUGGAUUAAUUGCAGUUUCCGGGUCACCUUCAAAGGUAGCCCCACAUAGAGCGCAUGGCAGUAGUCCAAGCAGGAGAUAACCAGAGCAUGCUCCACUUUGGCCAGACAGUCUGUGGGCAGGGAGGGUUUCAUCCUGCGUACCAGAUGGAGCUGGUAGUAGAGUGGAGUCCCUGGGAUGGUUGGAUGAGGCCUUGUACAUCUCCUUCCGGCAACUCGUGCCAAACAUUUUGUUCUGCUUUCCUUUGGACCAUAUCAGUGAGACCGAGAGGGGGUUCAUGUCAUUUGGGCAGCCCUGCCCCCCCCCACUGUCUAGACUUGUGCCCCAGCAGUUUGACUUCACCCCCGGAGGCACACUCCAUUGUCUCUCAAGACAGAUGGAGGCCAACAGCAACAGCUGACCAGAACCAUCAUGGACAGAACCUCUUUGUUUCAAUUUCUGGGAAUGGCGUUGAGAGAUGACCUAACCUGGGGAGAAAACAGCAAAGACCUGAUGAAGAGAGCACAGCAGAGCUUAUAUUUUCUGAGAAUCCUCCGGAAAAAUAAUCUCUCAAAGGACCUGUUGAUGGCAUUUUACCAUUGCACUCUUGAGAGUGUAUUAACUUAUUGUCUGUGUGUGUGGUUUGGGAGCUGCACGGCCAGGGGGAAAACAAUGCUGUCCAGGGUUGUAAAGACUGCAGAGAGAAUAAUUGGGCGCACUCUUCCCACCUUAGAUCAAAUCUAUGCUGUCAGGUGCCAUAAGAAAGCUGCAGAGAUAGCGCAGGAUAGUGCGCACCCCGGAAAUGAUCUCUUUCAGCUUCUGCCUUCUGGAAGAAGGUCCAGGGUUAUAAAGACUUAGGACUAGCCGCCUGAGAAACAGUUUCUAUCGAAUGUGAUUGGUUUUAAACGCAGUGUAAGGUAGUCUCUGUGGGAGUAUAUUGUAUUUAAAAAUGGGGUAUCAGAGUUUUUAGGGGGCUAACCAGGCUGGGAUAGCAGGCUUGUUGGUUUUUGAAUGUCUGAUAUACAGUGGUACCUCGCAAGACGAAUGCCUCGCAAGAUGGAAAACUCGCAAAACGAAAGGGUUUUUUGUUUUUUGAGCUGCUUCGCAAGACGAUUUUCCCUAUGGGCUUGCUUCACAAGACGGAAACGUCUUGCAAGUUUGUUUCCUUUUUCUUAACACCGUUAAUACAGUUGUGACUUGACUUCGAGGAGCAACUCAUAGCACGCGGUGUGGUAGCCUUUUUUGAGGUUUUUGAUUUUUGAAGCUUUUCCAAAACUUUUCCGACACCGUGCUUCGCAAGACAAAAAAAAACGCAAGACGACAAAACUCGCGGAACGAAUUAAUUUCGUCUUGCGAGGCGCCACUGUAGAUUUUUCAAUUUCGUUGUUCUGUACGGGACAAUGACAAUAAAGAUUAUCAUAUUGUAUCUGUGGGGGGUCUUUCCAGGCAGAGGAAGAACCAUUUGCUAAGGGAGGGCUGGUCAAACCAGCCCCCCAAAAUUAGGGAGUCAAACGGGGGUCUCAAGUCUCCUAUUUUUUUCCCCUCCUGCCAGGUCAGGUCCAGAAAUCCGAGGGGAAGCUUCCUCCCAUCAACCGCUACUUGAUCCUGUCCGGCGGAGCCCAGCGGGGCACCGUCCACGUCGAUCCUGGCACCCUGUGCCCUCUUUCUGCCGGGGGCGACUACGACGCCGACUUCACCCUCCUGGUGCCCGUCCUGAGCGCCGCCGGGGUCCCCGUCACCUUGGACAUGAAGCAGAGCCCCCCGGGCCACGCGCAGAUCAGCCUCCAACCCUUCGGCCCCGAGACACUGACCCGCUGGGCGGACUGUUGCUCGGGCGACGAGGCCCACCUGUCGGCCGAGCUGGUUUGUGAGUGGCUCUCGUGCUCCUUCCCUGCCGACGAGGACGUCCGGGUCGUGCGGCGCGGCUCUGUCACCUCCCUGAUUGUCCGCGUCGGGCUUCGCCGCGUCCUCUACGACAUCCUCCCGGUUGUGGCCUUCAAGGGCUGGCCGGAAGUUGCCCAGUCGUGGUUGGCGCAAGCCCAUUUCUGGGACGGCAAAAUGACGGACGAAGAAGCAGCCGGCAGCUUUUACCUCAUACCAUCCGUGUCCUGCGGUGCCUGGCGCCUGGCCUUUUCGGCCAGCGAGCUGCACCUCCGCCGGAUCCUGUCCCCGCCCCUUCUCCGCGCCCUCCGGGCCGCCAUGGCCAUGCUGGGCUGCGACCUGCGCGGAGGCCUGGGGCCCUACCACCUCUUCACCUUGGCGUUGUGGUCGUGCGAGCGGCUGCCGUCCAGCUACCUCGGCCGGGACGAGAACGCGGCGCACGCCUUGCUGGGCCUCUUGGACGACCUCUCCGCCGGCUUGGCGCACCGGCGCCUCCCCAGCUACUUCCUGCCGCAGUGGAACCUUCUGGAAGGGCUCGCUCGGCCGGCCCUUGAAGGCCUGGCCCGGGAGGUCGCCUGGGUGAGGGCCGACCCGUGUCGGUUCCUCCGGCGAGCCGUGGAGGGCGCCAAGGAAGCCAAACGGUUGGCCAAGGCCUUCAGGGAGCGGGUUGCGUGCUCCGCGGUGCCGUGACCCCUUCCACGGAACGGGCACUUUGGCUUCAGGUAGAAAAAUGGUGCCAACGAUGGCCGCCUUCGCCCAUUGGUGAAUCAAUCAUGGCUUCCCCCCAAAGCAGCCUUUCUCAACCUGUGGGUCCCCAGAGGUUGUUGGACUACGACUCCCAUCAUCCCUAGCUAGCAAGGCCAGAGCUCAGGGAUGAUGGGAGUUGUAGUCCACAGGGGACCCACAGGCUGUGAACCGCUGCCCCAAAGGAUUCUGGGAGCUGUCCGCUAUUAACGGUGUUGAGGGUUCAGAGGGGACCCCCAUUCGCCUCAUAGAGCUACAACUCAUAGAGCUACAAAUGCCAGAGGGGUUCAACAAACCGUCUCCCUUCUUUGGGAAUCGUUGCUCCGGGGUGGGAAUACAGGGGUCUCCAAGUAACUCUUGAAAACCUGUAACCAGUGCUUUUUUCUUUAAAAAAAAUGUUUAGGGGUCCCCUCCUUUUGACUCCAGAAAACCACCAUUUUAUCGUUCAAAUCGGGGGAAAUAAAUACAGUAAAUGGACAAAAGGCUGCCAUCAGAGGACAGCAAUGGAACUGGUGGUUCACUGUGCUGGAGAAGAAACUAUUUUUUUCUUAAAAAAUAGUUUCUUCUCCCAUUAUAUUCACAAAAUGUUUAGGGGUAUGCUUACCCCCAGAAAAAAGCAUUGUCCAUAACAAACUUCAGCUCCCAGAAUUCCCAAAACCACGGCAGUUUCAAUGUGGCCAAGGAGAGGUUCCUGAAUUCUCUUUCCAUGGCCUCAUUGCACCAUACCUUUAAUACAGGAUCAUACCUCUUUAAACAGCCAUGGCUCCCCCGCCGAACAUUCCCGGGAACUAUAGUAUGCUAAAUUUGCUGAGUGUUGUCUGAAGAUUCCUCUCUAAUUCCUCUCGGAUGUUUAACAAUCAAUACCUCUUCCGGGGAACUCCGGGACUUAUAACUCUGUGACGGGAAUACAGGGGUCUCUUACAACUCUUGGCCCCCUUAACAACGGCACAGACGGGGCCCUAUACGAAACUGGGCAGCUGAAUUAUUGCAACCUCUCCUGCCCACCCUUUCCCCACAUCUGUGGGGUCCUGAACUACAACUCCCACACCCUCCCAGCCCUGGCAAGCACGCCCAGUGGCCGGGGAUGACGGGAGCCGUAUGCCUGGUGUGCUAAAGGUCCCACAGAUUGAGAGGAAGGGUGCAAACCAUUGCAAUGGGGGGCAGGAAAGGGGGACGCAAAUCUAAUGGGGCAGAGCCAUAGGAUCUGGGAGACGGGACUUUGCACCCCACAACCUUCAAUUGUGCCUUAAACCGAUGUCAAAAAGUGAUGCGGUGCACCUGGGGUGCUCCUCUUGCUUUUGGGUAUGCAACUUCAGGCUGCUGUUCUACCGGUGUAGCGUCUUGCCAAAGAGAAAGGUCACAGGGUGACUCAGUGGGACUGUCUAAAAAAAUUGUAGACAGAUUUUUAGACGGAUUUCUUAUAUGGGAUGGAGGGGGGCGCUGCCAUUCGACUGUUGACGCCCCCAACCUCUGCCUAAGCACUAAAAAAAUUAGCAAAUCAACUCCCGUUUCUUUGGGGUUGGGUAAAGCCUUGGGUCAGAGACCCAAACCGUCAAGGAUUUCCAUCAAACAGCCUCCCUGCCCCACAACCUGGCGACCUCUGGGUGUGCUUUGGACUACAAUUCCCAUCAGCCUCCGCUGGCGCAGGAGGCUGGUCUGGUGGCUUAUGGGAACCGUAGUCCAAAACAGAUUGAUUUGCACCCGGCUGGCCAAGGCUGCCCUAUAACUCUCAUAAUCGCUGACCGUUGGGCAUGCUGGUCAAGGCGGGUGCGAGUUAGGAGCUCAGGAAUCAUGUCGCUAUCCCUGCGGCAAUCGCAUUUUUGGAGAAGGGUCGUUUGCAGGUGGUCAAUUUAUUAGUUAUGUUUACUAACUCCAGAGAAUCUACUCUUGAGUAAAACAACUGAACAACCCUGUUUAACGGAUAUGCCAAACACGGGUAUUCGUAGGCCAAACCUUUCGGUCAGAUUUUGUGCCGACAUCUUGAAAUCGUGGAUCUAAAAUCGAUAUCGAAGGAGGAUAAUGAGAUUUUUCGUAAAAAGUUGAAUCCACUUCGUAGGCCUUGGGAGAAAUUGUGUCUUAUAUUCAGCGGCGAUCUUUGUACACGAGGUGAAUAAUAUGCAAUAAAGGACGACUAACGUUGCCAUUCGAGCAGGG